AUGCUCCUCAAGACAUUCGUCGCCCUCAUUCCGAGCUUUGCUGCUCUGGUCAGCGCUGCUCCCACUCUCGGCGCGUUCAAGCAUGACCCUGACAACAACGGCACCCACGUUUUCAACAGCGAUGGCUUGCCCCACAUGUUGUUCCACGACUGCAAAGGCGAUAAAUACGUGACCAAGACUACUGCCGCCUCCCCGCUCGUCGAUGACUGCCGCUACAUUGCGGACGUGAUCAUCCCCGACUUUGACCACACCCCCAUCUGCUGGUCCUGGCACGACACCAUUCCCAGGGAGAUUCUCAGCCACGGCACCUGCGCUGUCAACAUUGCCAGCAAGUACGACGCACAGCCGGAUGGUGUCUUGAUCGAUCUGUGCAACAAGGACAUUCAGGACUUCAUCCAUUACUCGAUUGACAACUUCCGCUGGACCACGCCCGAUGGCCGCCUCGUUGUCGGCGCCGAGGGCUACGCCAAUUGCCCUAGCGACUUUCCUGGCCGCUGGGCCGCCGCCAUCUACGGUCUUUACCACACCUAA